UUGCGAAACCCAUACUAACAUGGUUGAAAUAAAGAGCGGCAACAGCAACGGCAGCCAAGAUGGGGACAGCUUCCAUCCUGCCCCACAGUGGCUGACCGAGUCCUAUGUGGAAACUAUUCUCCGGCACCAUAAGCAGGACGGGGGGCUGAGCAUCAGAGACCUAAAUAUUAAGCCAGCGACGGCCAAAGGCGACAAUUAUGCCAGCAUAAUGACCAGGAUCAAAGUCACCUACAUCCCAGGCGGAAGCACGCAAAGCGAAACGGAGUUCUUCAUUGUGAAGACCACCUAUGAGAACGAUCCGUUCAUAUCCAACAUCUUCGCCAGCUACCAAGCGAGCUACACGGAAAUGGUCAUGUACGACAAGAUCCUCCCACAGCUAACCCUCCUCCUGGAGGGCACCUCGCAGUCGGAGAAGCUGUUUGCCAAGACGAUUCACGUGGACUACGAGCAUUCGGCCAUCAUCUUCGAGGACCUCGCUGUACUGAACUACGUGCUGGGCGACCGCUUGACCGGCUUCGACUUGGAACACACAAAGCUGGUGCUCCGAAAGCUGGCCAAGAUGCACGCCUGCUCUUCAGUGCUUAAUGAGCGCCAGCCCGGACUGCUCACCAAACUGGAUCACGGCAUUUUCAAUCGUCACACCCGAGGAUUCUCGCCCAUGUUUGAGAGCCUGUUGGGCAUGGCCGCAGACUUUGCCGGGCAGUGUCCAGAGCUGGGCAAGGUAUACGAGGACAAGCUGAGAGCCCUGCAGAAGCAUGUGAUGGAAUAUACGGAGAAAGUCUACGACCCACAAGAAAACGAGUUCAACACCCUAACUCACGGCGAUUUGUGGACAAACAAUAUAAUGCUGAGAAAAAAGACUGUUCACAGCCAGCUGGACUUGCUUCUGAUUGACUUUCAGUUCUCAGCCUGGGCUCCGCCUGUCGUGGAUCUCUUUUACUUCUUCUACACCUCACUCCGGCCUGAGGUGCGCAACAACCACUUGAGCGCCCUGAUCCAAUACUAUCACAAGGUGCUGGUGGAUACCCUGCGGGAACUGAAGUUUGGCGGCUAUACACCCACGCUCAGGCAGUUGGUGUUGCAGCUCGAAAAGGGAAAAUUCAUGGCUGUCACCGCAUGUCUGACCUGCCAGGCCAUAAUGCUCAACGAAGAAACGAAGGAUGCCGACUUCAAUGGGCUCAUGGUGGACGAUGAACGUGGUCGAAACUUCAGAAGAUCUAUGUACAGCAACAAGAGGCUUCAAGAUAUUAUUAUAAAAUGGCUACCCGAGUUCGAUCGCAGUGGUCUGCUAGACUUGGUGGAACAAAAUUAAUAAAUAUUUUAAUAUUUAAAAU